AUGCCUGACUCCGAUGCAUAUUUGAGUUCUGACUCCAAUUCUGUCGAUUUGGAGUGGAAGCUGCAGCUAGCCAGAUCCGAGAACGCUCGGUUAAAAGCUGAACUAGGUUCCAAUGUCAAAAUCUAUCAGGAGCAUUUGGCUAGGGAGAAAAAGGAGACGGAGAUGGUUCAAGGCAAAUACGAGAGGCUCCUUGAAUCGCAUAAUCGAUUGUUGAAACUAAACUCCGAACUGGAGGAAAGAUUGCUGGUAGCGGUUGAGACCUUACAAAAAGAAAGGACGGAGUUAAACGACCAGCUUAGUGUUUUGGAAGAGAAACUUGCGGAAUCAAAAGAGACCAUAGAGCGCCUUACUACAGCCUGCGAUUCGUACAAAAAAGACUGCAAGGUCGCCGCAGAGCUUCUUCAUGCUGACCCCAGCCGGUUUCUUCCCAUCAACCUGGAUCAUCAGUAUUCUUCGCCCUCCAAACAUCGGGAAAGAUCGUCCACCCCUUCAGACGAACAUUUACUUACGGCUCCUACGCACUAUCUUCUUCCCACUACCUUUCCACCCAUCGCCCUUUACUCCACUGAGCAGCCAGCCCUCCCGCGGCAUCCUUCUGGAACUUUGUCGUCCCAGUCGAGUGGCUGUAAACCGGCACCUUCUGACGGUCUUAUUCUCGAGAUUUAA